AUGGAGCAACUUCACGUCUCUGUUUCCUUACGUGAAAUGUAUGAAGAAGGCCUUUUGGAGGAUGGUCGCAUCUUGAACGCUUUGUCUCUACCUUGCAGCACUUCAUACAGCGGUCACCUUUACAGUCCAUUCGAACAGACGUCUGACCUACCUGAGGACAUCUAUACAGCGGAGUAUCCUGUCUCGGUGACAAGUUUCUGGUUGGUUGCCAGAAAGGAGCCAUUAGUUACAUUCAUCCAGAUUGUUUUGGUGUCGGUACCAUCAUUGAGACAGGACAGCCGUAUCGAUGAGUACAUUAAUGAUUGGGCACCUGGAUUUAUUCCAGAUCCAGAGGAAUGGACUGCAGAGGUUGUCUUGCUUGAACCUGGUUCUGCCUUCUACAUGCAUCCCAACACUCACCAUGCAGUGGUGACCCUGGAGAAUUCCAUCGUAAAAGGUCACCAUUUCUACUCCACGGUCACACUCUCGAAAACUGUCUUGGGCUGGGUUCAUACCUGUAUGCUCGGUUAUACUAUUACAAACAUUUUGCAUGUUGAGCUCCAGGAGGUUCUCCUUCGUAUGAUGUGCUACUUUGGUGCAGUGAUCAGUGAUCAAGGACCUGAAAAUCAUGACACAGAUAUUCCCACCAUGACAAGAGAUGGACCUCUUGACUUCAUUGCGUUAGGAAAUCUCUGUCUAUUUGCACCUGCCUUGUACGCCUGUGUCACUGAGACCGAGGGAGACUCGAAACCUGCAAUUGCCAUGGCAGCCGGCGCAUACAUAUCCACAAUACAGUGUUUGCAGAUGAAAUAUUGUCUGGUUUUUCUCGAUGAUGACAAAGAUGUUGCUGUGCAGUCCCCGGAAUCAAUGAUGCGUGUCAAUGACCGGGUCACCCUGAGCGAUUUGAUUCUUUACGCUGAGACGGCUUUGCAAGCACAGAGGGCUUUAGGACAACAUGAAUCGGUCUUGUUCGAUACUGAGAUGUUUCAGCAAGAUAUUAAGGAUGCCAUGGAAACCUAUUUGCAGAUGGAGCUAUCAUCUGAGUUCCUCAAGGCUUACAAACGCCGGAAGAGGAAGGUUUUGCUCCUUAGGCCAAUAUUUUUGGUUCGGCAAAAGGCUGAAGUCCUACAAUCUGAUGCCCUGGAGGAUUGGUCGGAAACCGUCGACUAUGAUUUGUCUGAUGGUGAAGAAGAGGACCCUAAGGACGAAGAAGACUACCCCCCAACCAAUGUUUCAAACAUAAAUGAUGGGGAUUCAAGUGGCAUGGAUAUGACCGGGGAUGAUGAUGAUUCACAGGACAAGUCAGAAUCGACAUCAGAGAGAGAUUCUAAUGCUGGCUCAGAAUACAGGCCUGGACUCUGA